AGAAAAUAAAAAGGUGGGGGUGUAUUUAAAAAAAGGUGGGCGGUGCUAGUAGCAACUCACAUUGGAAAAUAAAAACGAGAAAGGAACUGGUGUUCCUUGAUCCUAUGUUUCGUUCUCACCUGUUUUUCCACCAUUUGUUGCUUCAUCUUGGAUUGUUUCUUUGAUCUCUGAAGAAGAUAUGGCUGCCAAUUUCUGGACAUCAUCUCAUUACAAGCACCUUCUGGAUCAAGAAGAUGUGGAUAUGGUGAAUCCACUUGACAAAGAAAAGGGUGUCACACUUGAAGAUUUUAAGCUCAUUAAGAUGCAAAUGUCCAAUUAUAUUUUGAAAUUGGCUCAACAAGUAAAAGUGAGGCAGAGGGUUGUCGCUACUGCAGUUACGUACAUGAGGCGUGUUUACACAAGGAAGAGUAUGGCGGAAUAUGAUCCGCGCCUCGUAGCUCCAACCUGCUUGUACCUGGCAUCAAAAGCAGAAGAAAGCACAGUGCAGGCCAGGCUACUUGUAUUUUACAUCAAAAAAUUAUAUGCUGAUGAUAAGUAUAGGUAUGAAAUCAAGGACAUACUUGAAAUGGAAAUGAAGAUUCUAGAAGCAUUGAACUAUUACCUGGUUGUAUUCCACCCCUACCGUUCCCUAUCCGGGUUGCUUCAGGACACAGGUCUGAAUGAUCUAAGCAUGACCCAACUAACUUGGGGGCUUGUAAAUGACACAUACAAGAUGGACCUAAUGCUUGUACAUCCACCACAUCUGAUUGCUUUAGCUUGCAUAUACAUUGCUAGUGUUCUCAGGGAAAAAGACACUACUGUUUGGUAUGAAGAACUUCGUGUUGAUAUGAAUGCGAUUAAAAACAUAUCAAUGGAGAUACUUGAUUUUUAUGAAAGCAACAGAAUGUUCACUGAUGAGAGAAUCAAUGCUGCGCUCCAUAAGCUAUGAUGUUGAGCCCCUAAAGCUGUCAAUGUUGAAUAUGUGUAAUGAAAUUAUUGCUACAGUAGCUGGUCUCAACUCUGAAUGAAUAAAAAGAAAGUUAUAUUUUUAUCAAUGACAUGUUAUACAUUAAAAUGAUUUUCUAAAUGUUACCAAUGCUAUGGACACAUAAUAUUGGCUUUUGGGGUCAAUCAAGUGUAUCAAGUGUAUUGGAUGAAAAAAAAGUGAUUCUUGAUGAAAAAGACAAAAUUCCCACUUAGUUCAAUUGUUUAUCUAUGUAUUUAUUAAAAUAAAGGCAAUUUUUUUUGUACG